CUGGACGACAAGCAUAGGAGACGGUCGUCGGCCGACAAACUGAGCGAUAGGUUUAAAAAGUCUGGAGUACCGGUCCCUCUACCAGACCGGCCCAGAAUCGUCAAAAUGACCGACAAUGAUGUGACCCUCUCAUGGCUGCCAUCCGUUCCCAUUCAGCCCAGAAUUCCUGUCACUUAUAUAAUAGAGUUCUGUAGGAUUCCGGACGGAGAGUGGUUUGCGUAUAGAACUGGAAUUCAAGACAAUCAGUGCACUGUUGACGGACUUAGUCCUGGAGUAGACUAUGGUUUCCGCACACGUGUGGAGAAUAAGUACGGAAUCAGUGAUCCAUCGCCUGCUGUCACCGCAUACAGGAGUAAACUCCGGCCCUCAACAGAACUCGGAGAUCAUAAGCCAAAGGGCUAUGACUUAACGCACCCGGACUNUCAUAAGCCAAAGGGCUAUGACUUAACGCACCCGGACUUUGACAGAUCAGAGGGUGCGCCGCGAUUCUUAGGUGAACACGAGGAGACCCUGUAUGCGGUGAAAGGCGAACCCGUGACCCUUGAGUUCUGGAUAUAUUCACAUCCGGACGCCAACAUUAUUUGGCAGUUUGAGGACCAAAAGAUACAAAUGGGAUCGGGAGGAAGGUUUGACACAUUGCAGGACAGGGGCGGACAGAACUGUCUAUUCCUGACCAAAAUGACCGAGGGUGAUGUGGGCUGGUAUACAUGUGUGGCCACCAAUAUUCACGGCUCGGAUAUGCGAAAAAUAAAGGUAUUGUUAGCCGAAGCGCCCGUCUUUACCAAACGCUUCGACGAGACAACAGUCUUAAACCGAAGACACGCCCGCUUUGAGUGCUCUGUCGUCGGUAUACCUCAGCCAACGGUCCGAUGGUUUAAGGACUGGCAGCCAAUGCACGAAUCGGAUCGCAUCAAAAUCCUAUGGGAGUCUCCAGACAGAGCCACUCUCUUCAUCAACGGAUCCAUUGNAGCCAACGGUCCGAUGGACUGGCAGCCAAUGCACGAAUCGGAUCGCAUCAAAAUCCUAUGGGAGUCUCCAGACAGAGCCACUCUCUUCAUCAACGGAUCCAUUGUUAAAGAUUCCGGACUUUACUCGUGUUUGGCCUCCAAUAUCGCGGGUCACGCCUCCAUCUCAGCGAUGCUCAACAUUGAGGAGUCAGAACUAGAAUACGAUAAAUACACGUUUGGUUACAAUAAGUUCAUAAAAGCCAAGACUAAGCCAUUUGAGGCCUAUUACGACACGGGAGACGAGUUGGGUCGGGGCACUCAAGGCAUUGUCUACCACGCGGUCGAGAGGGCCACCGGCCGGAGCUUCGCCUCGAAGAUGAUGCACGCGAGGGGAGACAUGAAAGAGCACAUGACUGCCGAACUCGAAGUGAUGAAUCAAUUGGGAUAUCAUCCACGAGUGACCCGUCUGUGGGACGCAUUCGCGUCGACACCCAAUUCGCUGACUCUCGUCACAGACCUGUGCGGAGGCGGAGAACUUAUGAAAGCUAUCCUCCAAAAGGGGUCCAUCACUGAGAGUGAAGUCGCGCUUUAUAUCCGACAGAUUCUCGAAGGACUCGAUUAUUUGCACUUUAAAAAUAUCGCUCAUUUCGGUCUCAAUAUUGGCGACGUUUUGCUCGAACGGAUCAAUGGAAGCGAUAUAAAGAUCGCAGACUUUGGUUUAGCUCAACGUAUUAUUCCAGGC